UGAGCUGUUGCCUCUGCGACCACCGCGGGGCGUGAGGCGUGGCAUGCGUGCCCCGGAUCGAACCUCGCUUCCUCUCCCUUCAGCCAGUCCAGUCAGCACCCGCGCGCGCAUGCAGAGAUGGACAAGUCACCAAACAUAUCGACCGGGUCGUCGGAAGAUGCACAUCCCGCCUUAUCCCGCGAAUCCUCGGCCAGCACGGCGACAAUAACGCCAAUGACCGAAUCGGGUCCAUCCAAGUUGACGUCGCAGACAUCAGCGCCUUCCUCCUCCUCGUCCGCCGCGCCGUCACCCCUCGCAUCGCGCGAGCCCUCUCCCACCAGGCCCUUGCGGCGGCCGACUGCCUCGCGCACUUCGUCGGCGAACUCGGGAAUCCGCUCCCGGAAAAACAGCCAGCAAGACCCGAGUCCUUCGCGAUCUGCAAGGCAAAGCCAGCCGACCCCGGCGCCCGCGUCCAAGAACCUGUCCUCUGCGAACACCCCCACUCUCCUCCCGUCCACGUCAGACCUGGGCGCGAACCUGGGCGCGCCCGUCAAAUCGCCCACGGCAAUGGAACACCUCCGAGAAUCGCCCAGAUGGCCCGUCUCUCCCAGGUUACGAUCGCCACCGCCCAUCCUUCACAAGCCGAAUCUCGGACCACCGAGGAGGGCAGAACCGGAAACGCCCUUGAUCCAUGUGCAGAGCGCAACUCCGCCGCUACCUCAGUCCGCAGACGUGCAGUCGGACACGGAUGCCGAAGAUCUCCACAUGCCGUCCGGUCUGAGGACACCCGCCCGCGGAGGAGGCGGAAGCUCGUCAACCCUGGAGACCGUGCAGGAAGCCAGCCCGAUAGGUUCGCCCCGGGACGCGGACGAGUCGAUAGAGGAAAAACUCGACGACAGCAUCGUGUCAGAAACGUCGCAGGCCGAUUCCGUCGAACUCGGGCCAUCUAAGAAUGGAGCGAGCGCGGCGCCGAGCGCUAAUGACAGCGGCAGCGAGACUGACAACCUCAAAGGCAGGCGGCGGAGCGGAGCGGCAAGCGCGCCGCCGCUCACAAAGAGGCAGUCGAGCACGGGUAUCAAGCAGGGCGUGACCAAGACCAAGACGGGAGAGGCGUUGCAGAGCAUGACGGUCGAGACGGAGACGGUCACGUCGAUUCCACAAGCCCCGCUUGUCUCGGGGACGGGAGCGCAAGGGUCGAGUGUGAGCCUGCGCACAAAGGCGAGCACAGAAACGAUCCGGCCCAAGAAGGAAAAGAAGAAGCCAACGCGGAAGCAACCCACUGUGUCGGCCGGCAACGGUGAGCCACCAAGUUCAGCUGUUUUGUUCCCCCGCUUGCGCCAUUACCAGUCCAUGGGAUCAGUCGUCUCGCCGACUGAGAAGUCUAUUUCGCCUACCAAGGGUCACUUCGACGAAGCCGCAGACAGUCGCUCUCGUCGGCCCGGCAGUCGAAGGCAGAGCAUGGUCAUAUACCAGAUGAGCAGCUUGCUGACCAGAAAUCGCUUAGCGUCGUCCAAGGCCGACAUCUUCGAGGCGAAGGUGGCGAGCGCGGUCGAGGAAGCGAACUCGUCCGACUCCGAAGAGACGUUCGUCUACGACUCUAACCCGCCAGAUGCCCGUGACCGACCUCUGAGGUUCCACUCGCGGACGCCUAGCGCCACUUCGAUGGCCAGCCAGGCCGACCGCAGCGGCAUGCGCUCCAUCCAUGCCGUCAUGGAAAGCGCAGGCCCGCCCGCGGUUGUCAAGAAGAACAUGAAAUUUGUCAACUCGUCCAACACUAACGGAAACAGCGAGGGCGGCCUGGUCGAAGACGACGGCAGGGGCACCGGGAGGAGCAAUGCCGGUUCUGCCCGUGGAACAGCCCGCCACCACCACCAUUUCGGUCGCUGGGGCCGCAGCGGCGGCGGCGGCGGCGUUAACGGACAUCCAUCCCUGUUUGCCGAGCAUUCUCCGUUCAGCGCGGCGCUCACUGCAGGCUCGCGACAGUCGUCUGGGCCUCCCAGUCCCCGGUUCGGUAACCGCAGCAGCGCGGGCGCGAACGGCAAGCGGGCCGCGUACUUGUCAGCGGGCUAUGACCUGGACGACACGACAACUGGCGCCGACGACGAGACGACACCUCUGAUUGCGGCCGGCACGCUGCGGUCAUCACGGCCCGGCCGCGCCCGGAGGGGCAUUCACUCGCUGCGGUCGAUCGAGGCGCAGACGUAUCACCGCCCGCCGCCCUCGGUCCUCAACCGGUUCGCCAGCUGCCUGGUGCUCACGGUGAUGCUGCUGCUCGUCGUGUCGGGCGCCAUCGGAUUCAUGUUUGCGACUUCGCAGCCGCUCACGGACAUCCAGCUGGUGUCGAUGGACCACGUCGUCGCGAGCCAGCAGGAACUGAUGCUCGACCUGACGGUCCGGGCGCACAACCCCAACGUCGUCGUCGUGGUCGUCGACUCGGCCGACAUCGAGGUGUUCGCCAAGUCGCCCCACGCCAUGACCGACUCCGAAUGGUGGCGGCAUACGCACCCGGGGGAGAUCGGCCCCCCGCCGCCGAAGCCGAUCGGCGGAGACGGCGGCGCGCUAAGCGCCUUGGACGCCGACCCGAACCCGAAUCCGGACCCGGACCCGGACCCGUCGCCGCCGGACGACGCGGCGCCCAACAUGCGGCUGGGCAGCAUCACGGGCUUCGACAGCGCGCUGUCGUUCGAGGGCUCCUUCUUCCACAAGGGCAUCUCGUACUCGACCGGCGAGGUGCGCCUCAAGAACCCGGGCAACGGCACGUACGGCGGGCCCGAGCGCUGGGAGCGCAUCCUCGAGGACGAGUUCCAGCUCAUCCUCAAGGGCGUGCUCAAGUACACCCUGCCGCUCAGCCAGCGCGUCCGCACCGCCACCAUCUCCGGCAAGGCCACCGUCAAGCCCAACGCCGCCAACGACCCGCCCGGCGCCCGGCCGAACUCCACCGACGGCACCGCGCCGCCGCCGCCGUCUCCCACCGUUCCGGAUGGGAAUGGGGACGCGGAGGAGGUGCGCAUUUCUAUCUCCCUUCCUCUCUCCGCCUGAUUCUGGCUCUGGUAUCUUCGCUGCCUAGGCCUAGGUGAGAGAGGAGAGGGAGUGUCUGCUGCAGGGUCAAGGGCCCUGCGUCCAGCUGACGCCGUGCCUUUCCUUUGUGAAACUAAUGAUAUGUUCUUAUAGUUUGCGACUCCUUCGUUUUGCUUUAGGUUUGGGGUUUCGGGCGGUUUGGUUUGCGGUUUCGUUGCUGGAGCGGG